GUGACCCACAGAACAGCCUGCCCAGGUGGAGCAGAUAGGCUGCCAGAGAGAGCACAGGGGUCCCUGGGGAGCAGCAAGGAGGCCUCCAGGAGGCUCCCAGAACUGUAGGAACAUGCUUUGGGGGUGAGGAAAACAUAGGUGUUAUUUCUGCCUCUGACGCUCACUUAAUUGUAUGGCCUUGGGCUUCAGUUUUCUCAUCUGAAAUAUGGGAUAAUAAAGACCACGCCAAGAAUUAAUGAGCUAAAAUUAAAAAAAGAAUUGUCCCUGGAAAGAACUCAAUACAUGGGCCUCCCAUUACCAUUAUUGUUCUUACUGUUAUCUUUUUCUACAAAUGUGGGUAACACUUAGCUCAUAGGUGGUUGGUAGGAUUAAAUGAAGCCUCGUGUGUAAAACACUCCGAGCAGGCCUAGCACUUAGUACUAAGCAAGUAAGUGCUCAGUCAAUAGUAAGUAGCUUUCUUGCUUAUCAACCUCUUCCUCUUCAAAGGCACUGUUACAGGGCGGGAGGCUGGCACCGCAGGUGGGGGUCAUGGUUGGAGUAAAAUACCCUGGAAGAGGAAACUGGAGGGCUGAGCUGGAAAAGGCUUUGGAGUUCCCGCCCGCAAAGGACGCGGAGUGCUCAGCGCUGACGCCGCGGUCAGAGGCACCGUCACCGGCUCCGCCACGGCUCCCUAAGUCCUCUCUGAGGACUUUGGUUCCACCUCGCUGUGCCCGGUAGGGCGCACGCGGAAAUGACUGUGGUACAGACCUCCAUGAGCCGGUCCCAGGUAGCCCUGCUGGGCCUGGGCCUGCUGCUCAUGCUGCUACUCUAUGUGGGGCUGCCAGGCCUCCCUGAGCAGACCUCCUGGCUCUGGGGAGACCCCAAUGUCACAAUCCUGGCUGGUCUGACCCCUGGCAACUCCCCCAUCUUUUACCGCGAGGUGCUCCCCCUACACCGGGCACGCAGGGUGGAGGUGGUGCUGCUCCAUGGAAGGGCCUUUACCUCCCACACAUGGGAGCAGCUGGGCACACUGCAGCUGCUGGCACAGAGGGGCUACCGGGCCGUGGCCCUUGACCUCCCAGGUUUUGGGAACUCAGCACCUUCGAAAGAGGCAAGCACAGAGGCAGGGCGGGCGGAGCUGCUGGAGCGUGUGCUGCGGGACCUGGAGGUGCAGAAUGCCGUGUUGGUGAGCCCCUCGCUGAGCGGCCACUAUGCCCUGCCCUUCCUGAUGCGAGGCCACCACCAGCUGCACGGAUUUGUGCCCAUCGCACCUGCCUCCACCCAGAACUACACCCAGGAACAAUUCUGGGCUGUGAAGACCCCAACUCUCAUCCUGUAUGGGGAACUGGACCGCGUCCUGGCUCGGGAGUCACUGAGGCAGCUCCGCCACCUGCCCAACCACUCCGUGGUGAAGCUGCAGGACGCAGGCCAUGCCUGCUACCUUCACAAGCCGAAAGACUUCCACCUUGUCCUCCUUGCCUUCCUUGACCACCUGCCUUGAGCUUACCCACUGCCCAGGCCCCAGGCCUGUUCUGAGCUUGGAGGGUCUGGACCAGUCCCCCACCACGGAGGCAGCCCCUGGGAUGGGAGGCCAGAGGCCACAGGGCCAGGCCCAGUCAGGACCUCUCAUUUCAUCUCACAGGUACAAUAAAUAAAAGUAUUUUUGUCGUGCCCGGG